UAAAUAUCCAAUUUUUCCAUGUCUAUCUUAGAUGUGAACAAAAUCAAGCAAUCAUCAUCAUAGAAGAAGAAGAAGGUUUGAAGAAGAAGGUUUGAAGAAGAAGAUGGCAGAGAAGAGCAAGUACGAUCAGUUCAAGGGUCAGGCGAGGCUUCCGAAAUUCGCCGUCCCCAAGCGCUACGAUCUCAACCUAAAGCCUGAUCUAUCCGCCUGCAAAUUCUCCGGUUCCGUCCAUAUCUCCGUUGACAUCGUUGCCGACACCAACUUAAUCGUCCUCAAUGCAGCCGACCUCCUUAUUCAUACUAAUUCCGUCUCAUUCAAGGAUCACUCUGGAUCCAAGGUUCUGCAAGCUGUGGAGGUUGAACUGUUCGCGGAAGAUGAGAUUGCCGUCGUUGAAUUCCCUGAGAGUCUUUCUCGUGGAGUUGGAGUAUUGACUAUGUCUUUCGAAGGAACCCUAAACGACAAAAUGAAAGGAUUUUACCGAAGUGUAUACCAGCAUGAAGGGGAAAAAAAGAACAUGGCAGUGACACAGUUCGAGCCAGCUGAUGCUAGGAGGUGCUUUCCAUGUUGGGAUGAACCUGCUUUUAAGGCUACAUUCAAGAUCACCUUGGAAGUACCAUCAGAGCUUGUAGCCUUAUCGAAUAUGCCAGUUUCUAAAGAGAGAGUAAAUGGGCAUACUAAGACGGUUAGCUAUCAAGAGUCUCCAAUCAUGUCAACAUAUUUGGUGGCUGUUGUGGUUGGUUUGUUUGAUUAUGUGGAAGAUCAUACAUCUGAUGGAGUAAAGGUUCGGGUGUACUGCCAAAUUGGCAAAGCAAGUGAAGGAAGAUUCGCUCUCAAUGUUGCUGUCAAGACAUUGGACCUCUACAAAGAAUACUUUGCUGUGCCUUAUUCACUACCCAAGUUAGAUAUGAUUGCUAUUCCUGAUUUUGCUGCGGGAGCCAUGGAGAACUAUGGUUUGGUUACAUAUAGAGAAACAGCUUUGCUAUACGAUGAGAAGCAAUCUGCUGCUUCCAACAAGCAAAGGGUGGCUAUUGUUGUAGCCCAUGAACUGGCUCAUCAGUGGUUUGGAAACCUUGUUACAAUGGAAUGGUGGACCCAUCUUUGGCUAAAUGAGGGAUUUGCUACUUGGGUAGCGCAUUUGGCAGCUCACAGCUUGUUUCCCGACUGGAAUAUUUGGACACAGUUUCUUGAAGAAAGCACUGAAGGCCUUCGUCUGGAUGGGCUUGCAGAAUCGCACCCCAUUGAGGUUGAGAUAAAUCAUGCAUGUGAAAUUGAUGAAAUAUUCGACGCAAUUAGCUACCGCAAAGGUGCAUCUGUGAUCCGGAUGCUGCAAAGCUAUCUUGGCCCAGAAUGUUUUCAGAGGGCACUUGCUUCAUAUAUAAAGAAGCAUGCUUGUUCAAAUGCAAAAACAGAAGAUCUGUGGUCUGUUCUGGAGGAGGAAUCCGGUGAACCAGUGACCAAGUUGAUGGCUUCGUGGACGAAACAACAAGGUUAUCCUGUUGUCUCUGUCACUGUGAAAGACCAAAAACUGGAAUUUGAUCAGUCACAAUUCUUGUUGAGCGGUGCAAAAGGGGAUGGGCAAUGGAUUGUGCCAAUAACAUUGUCUUGUGGUUCAUAUGAUACCUGCAAGAAUUUUCUCCUGCAAUCACCACAUGAAAGUUUUGACCUUAAGGAAUUUCUUGGGUGCUCUAUUUCCUGCGGAAGCUCUGAGGGGACAGGAAAAGAAGAAUGUUCUUGGAUAAAACUUAAUGUGGACCAGACAGGCUUUUACAGAGUAAAAUAUGACGAUAAUUUGGCACGUAGACUUGGAUAUGCAAUAGAGAAAAAACAUCUGUCUGCAACUGAUAGAUUUGGAAUCUUGGAUGAUUCUCUUGCCUUGUGUAUGGCAUGCCAGCUGCCAUUGUCAUCUUUGCUCACCUUGAUGGGUGCUUACAGGGAAGAAGAUGAUUACACCGUGCUUUCUAACUUGAUCAACACAUGCCAUAAAAUUACAAGAAUUGCAGCUGAUGCGGCUCCUGAACUACUGCAUGAUAUCAAGCAGUAUUUCAUUGACCUCUUCAAGUAUCCUGCAGAAAAACUUGGUUGGGACUCUAAAGAAGGAGAGGGACACUUGAACUGUAUGUUGAGAGGAGAGCUUUUGACUGCUCUAGCGCAAUUUGGUCAUGAUUCUACACACAAUGAAGCAACUAGACGGUUUCAAGCAAUUUUGGGAGAUUGGAACACUCCUCUUCUACCACCUGAUCUAAGAAAGGCAGCGUAUGUAGCGAUAAUGCGAAAUGUCAGCACCACAAAUAGAACUGGAUUGGAAUCUCUUUUGAGGCUGUACAGGGAAACUGAUCGAAGCCAAGAAAAAACUCGAAUUCUUGGUUGUUUGGGAUCUUGUUCUGACAAUGAUGUAGUACUCGAGGUUCUCAACUUCUUGCUAUCUCCAGAGGUGAGAAGCCAAGAUGCUGUUUUUGGACUUAGUGUCGGCAUAAAAGGGCGAGAAAUAGCUUGGACAUGGCUGAAGGAAAACUGGGAUCAUAUCAUGAAGACAUGGGGAUCAGGGUUUCUCUUAACCCGAUUUGUUAGUGCCACUGUCUCACCGUUUGCAUCGAUUGAGAAGGCGAAAGAGGCGGAAGAGUUUUUUGCUAAGCGUGCUAAGCCAUCCAUUGCAAGAACGUUGAAACAGAGCAUAGAGCGAGUUCAUAUAAACGCGAAUUGGGUUCAGAGCAUUAAGAAUGAGACACAGUUAAGCGAGACAGUCAAAGGAUUGGCAUCUAGGAAAUACUAAGAAAGAAAGCAGCUUCUGAAUUAAUAUACUAUGGUGGACUGGUGGUUGGUUCCUUACCUUUUAUAUCCUUUCUGUUUUCACAGUUUUAAACUUUUUUUAUUUGUUUAUUUAAAUCUUCAGAAUAAGAGUUUAUCUUUUGGAUAAAAAUGUUACUUUUUUUCAUAUUUUAUUUUAAUUUUUAAUUCUCCAGUUGGUAGUUUUAGGUAUUCACAAUGUUGACAUCUUUCAUUGAGUGAAACUUUAUAUUUAUUUUCA